AUGCCAACACCGCAGCUAUCGAUAAACCAAUCUGAUCGGGAUGUUCUUGUCCGCGUGGUAGCCACCGGUCUCUGUGGUUCAGAUAUCCAUUACUGGCAGCAUGGAAAGCUCGGUCGAUACGAAGUCACCCAGCCCCUUGUUCUCGGCCACGAGUCCUCUGGCGUGAUCGUGGCUACAGGAAGCAAUGUCGAUGGACUGAAAUUAAAUGAUCGUGUAGCCUUGGAGCCUGGAAUCUCCUGCAACGUCUGCUCGUACUGCCGCAGCGGCAGAUACAAUCUCUGCACGUCCAUGCAGUUUGCUGCCACACCCCCCGUCAACGGUACUCUGUGCACAUAUUAUCGGGUUCCUGCUCAAUGCUGCUAUAAGCUGCCCGACACUGUGUCCUUUCGUAAUGGUGCGCUGGUCGAACCCUUGAGUGUCGCAGUACAUGCCUGUCGUUUGGGAGGCGACAUGCAAAAUCGCAAUGUGGUGGUAUUUGGUGCUGGACCGGUCGGAUUACUUUGCUGUGCCGUGGCUGCUGCGUUUGGAGCUAGUACGGUAGUAGCUGUUGAUGUUGUGGAGGAGAGACUAGAAUGUGCGCGUCGUUAUGGCGCAACGCAUACUUAUCGGAUGCAGACAGCCCAGGCGGAGGGGGGUAGUAGUAAUGAAGCGCAGAUUCGUGCUCUCACGGGUUUACCUGAGGGCGUUGAUGUUGUUCUUGAUGCCUCAGGGGCAGAAGCUUGUCUUGCGUGUGUGAUUGACGUCCUUGCAUCUGGAGGUACUUUAGUGCAGGUUGGACUUGGAAAGCCUACUGUGGCUUUCCCAGUUGGAAUGGUCUGCGAUAAGGUGAUCGCCUUCAAGGGGAGUUUUCGGUAUGGGCCGGGCGACUAUAGAUUGGCUAUUGGACUGCUGAGUUCUGGACGGGUCCGGGUUGAUGGCUUGGUGACGCAUGAAUUUGACUUUGAGAAGGCGGAAGAGGCGUUCAAGAAUGUUGUGGCACGGAAAGGGAUCAAGAGUGUUAUAUAUGGACCAUCGCUUGAUAGCCAUAUGCGGAUGGCAUGA